AUGCAUGUGGUAUGGCAAUGCCAGGCAACAAGAGAUGUAUGGGCAGUAUCCUUUAGAGCUGCUAAAAAAUGGUCCAGUGCAGAAGAUAACUUCCUACUGUUAUGGGAUAUAUUCACGGACAGAUUGUCUUAUGUGGAGCUAGAACUUGCUGCUGUAUUAAUGCGCAUGUUAUGGCUAAGAAGAAAUUCCUUUAUAUUUGAAGAUAAAUUCAAGGACCCUGAGAGCUUGGUUAGAACAGUCAAGGCAACUCUUGAUGACUUUCAAGAUGCUCAAGAAAAUGAAAAGGGUCAAGAAUUUUCAGUGUCAAAUGAGGCAAGAGGGGGUGACAGAGCUAAUCAUAGGUGGAUAAAACCUAUUCAAUGUUUCAUUAAGGCAAAUUGGGAUGCUUCCCUUCGUAAACACAGCUUAGGACUAGGCAUAGUCUUGAGAGAUGAUAAAUGA